CACAACUGUGUUUUCCUUUCAGCGACAGAGCAACAGCGACAACUCUGCUUCAUCUCAACUUUCGAUCAAUAGAUACGGUGGCGUCAAAAGUACGAGACCGAAAGACUGUGGCUUACUUGUUUCUCCAGAGAGAGGCCGUUCUAGCACGUUUUGCCCGAUGAAUAAUCUCCUCGAGAAUCAAUAAAUCUAAGGUCGUAAUCAAGAGGAUACUCAGCAGAAUGUUUCCGAACAACUUGAACCUGCAGCAUGGCGCCUUUUCGCAGACCUGCUCCAGCGGUGUGGGGCGGUGGUACUACGCCGGUGCGAAACCAAACGUGUUUCCGACCGUUGGCUCUCCCGAUCUCAACCAGACGCCACUGCACCCGGGUACGUCGAUUGUCUCCUACGGACAGAAGUUUCCGCUCGCGAGGCUGAAAAUGCUGACCAACGAAGUGAAGGUUUGCGCAAAAUGUGGGAAGAAUUGUGCGAAGUCCAUGCGAAAUUGCAACUCGUGCGGCGCGAGCCUGCAACAAGUGCCCAUCACAGAGACGGAAAAUUUGCUGGCCGGGUUUGCGUUGGGACUGGAGAGAUGCGAGCGGUUCCCGCUGAAGAUCGGGAUCCGGCGACAAACCGACCGCGUCGUGGUGUUCGACGAUCUCCUCUCGCUCACCUGUUGUCACCUUCUCUGCGUGCCGACGUUCGCCCACCUGCCAGAUUUUCGGUACCUGUUCGAGCGGCCACUGGAGGGGCUGCGGUUGCUGAACGAGCUGCGGCACAAUGCGAAGCUCGCGGUGAAAGACACUUUCUGGAAUGACGAGGCCUUCCGUGACUUUUACUGGCGCAACGUGGCCGCGCCCAAUCCUCCCAAAGGCGGUGCUGACCCAACACCUGCUUCGAACACCAGCACCUCGGGGCAGCUGUUUGAGGAGUACUGGCGCCGGGACGUGAUAAUGGGCCUGAACUACCCGCCGAGCCAGUACUGGCUCCACCUGCAGGUGGCGUGUCUGCCGUUUUUCCCGUUUCACCAGAACCUCCUGCACACCGCGGACCACAUGCACUGGCACCGCUUUUUCGGGCUCGACUACGUCGCGGUGGUGCUGCAGAAUUUGAUUCGCGUCAACAUGUCCAUCAAGCUCGUGCAGAAAGACGACACUAUCCCUUCUUCUAAAGACAGCAAAAAAGCGGGAGAAGCAAACGGGAACAACGCAGGGAUGAACAAGCCCCUGCAAGUAGUGCAAUUUGACGCGGAGGGGGAUGUGUCCGAGUUGCUUCUGUUCUUCAAAAACACGUUCAACAUCGACUACGACAAAUACCACACGGAUUUUAUCGACAGAGUCCAGAAAUCCGGCCAGCGCCUCGCCUGCUACCGCGAGCACCACUUUGAAAAGAUGGUGGUCGUACGACCGACCGCGCCAACGGGGGCUCCUGAACAAACCGCACUCGCAGCAGGCGGAACACGUCCGCCGAAUGAGUACGCAGAGACAGGAACGAAAGUCGUGCUGAACCUGUCGGAUCUCUCGCUGGCGGAGAGUCAGGACGCGAACGCAUUGCAGGCGGCCGACAAGAAGAUGAUGCAGAGCUACGGCCGCCCGUACUCAGAAAGUACGGGCAAGGAAGAAGGGCUUGGAUACUACAGCGGAUGUGGCGCCGCGCCGGUGGACGGCGACCAGAUGGCGAAGAGAAAAUGGUGGGAGUGGAUGAGAUUGCAGUCGCAAAGUUCGCCUCAAGGAUCACCGAGAACAUGAGUAUAAAGCGCAGAAUUGUACAUGUACGGUGCAUUAUCAUCUAGAUGUAAUAUAACGAGUAGAAGCCUAUUUUCUAACGCGUGCGCAUCACCACACCGAAAAUUCGAAGUAAGCACAGCACACACAUGGUCUUUUCAUGCGCC